GCUCUCGGCGCCAUGGGGCGGCGGCGGCUGCUGCAGGCGGCGGAGCAGCUGGCGGGGGCCUGCCCGGGACAGGCGCGGUUCCUGCUGUGGAUGCUCCGCAACUCCCAAGCUAAUGAACAUGGAUUAGAAAGGAUAUGUCCUUACUGCUUCCAGUUCCUGGUUCCUGACAGCUACCGGGUACGCCUCAAACCAAAGAUGAAAGUGACUCCACAGAUAGAGAAAGUUCUUAAACAAGAGGCAAAGAAUCAUAAACUUAACAUGAAACAGACAAAGCUUUUGAGAAAGUACAGGGAGUCAAGAAGCAUUCUGCUGGUGACUUGCAAAUCUUGCAACAAAACAACAAGACAUUAUGGUAAAAGCAGGGAUUUUCUGGCAACCAAAACACAAAAUUGUGGCACUCCAGGUACGAAAUCUAGCCUGAAGACACCAGAUGUAAAAAUUCAGUCUGCAAAGAAAAUGACACCUGUAAGCUGCAGUAGGUUGGGAUCUAAAGGGAACAGUCCCUCGUCACUUUCCAGGACACAUGAAUCUGGACAGGCAGCAACCAACUCUGCUUCCAAGACUCCCCGAAACUCCAAAUUUCACUUUUCUAAGCUGAAACGGAUGCUUGAUUUAGAAGAAAAAGAGAAAAGUCAGAAGGCAGAUUUCAAAACCUUCUUGACUUUACUUUAGUUAUAUGUUAUUUCAAAGUAAUAAAGAUUACAGCAAUAAAUAUUGCUCCA